AUGGAUGAUCUCAAUCAUGCUAUGACGAAGAUCCCCAUCUUCGUCUCACAUAGACUUCAGCCAAACCGGAUCCAACUUCUCAAAGAUAACCUAAAUCAGAUACGAUAUUCAUUAUCCCAAUGCAUUGCUCGACGGACAAGAGUGGUGCCCAACCGGAGCUUUGAGCGCCGGCCGUCAAGUUCUAUGGCGGGUAGGAGACCCUCGCACUUCUUCAAGAUUAUAUUCCCCUCUACCAUUGACGACAAGAAACUGAGGAUCCCUGAAAAGUUUGUAAGGGAAUUUGGGGAUGAACUGUCUGAUGUUGCUACACUCACUGUUCCCAAUAAUGGUCAUUUUUGGCAAGUGGGAUUGGAGAAAGCCAACAAGGAGAUUUGGUUUCAAAAUGGUUGGCAGGAUUUUAUGGAAUCCCAUUCUAUUCUUUACGGCUACUUUUUAGUCUUCAGGUAUGAAGGAAGUUCAAAAUUCCAUGUUCUUGUAUUUGAUAACACUGCAACUGAGAUUCGGUAUACAUGGAGCAAGAAGCGUAAAUUGGAAGAUAAGGUGGACAUAAUGGAAACAGAUGAAGCAAAAAGAUCAUCAAGGCGUGGACAUAAUGGAAAACAUGAAGAAAACAGAGAUAUGAUGUCCAGAGGAAGAGAGAGAGCAAUCCAAGCAGCCAAAAUGCUGAAGCCUACAAGUCCUUCGUUCAUGGGCAUCCUGCGCCCAUAUCAUAUACGAGAACAACGUCGUUUGUAUGUGCCUGCUGGAUUUGCUAAAAAGCAUCUUAUUGGGCAUCCGUUUGUCUCGCUUCAGACUUGCGAUGGAAAACAAUGGCAUGUCCAGUGCUCUCACUUUUGUGCUUCACGUUCAACAUGUUAUAUCACGAAUGGAUGGGAAGAGUUUAGAAGGGACAAUAGUUUAGAAGAAGGAGACGUGUGUGUCUUUGAGCUGAUCAAGAGUCCUAAGUACACUCUUGACAGCGAUGGGCAGGUGGGAUCUUUAAUGACGGAGCAUGAGACUCCAGGAAAUCCCAGAUCUUCGGGGAUUCAGCCACCUAACCGCUCUCCUUUAUCAGUAUCGUCAUUAUUACCACUUGUCGUUAUAGCAUUUCCAGCUGCUUCUUUAUAG